GGUAUUUGUGAAUUAAAAAGAUAACAAGGUCACACUGUUAGUAUUCAAUUCGCUUACAAGUCGCGAGAAUGUCGGUGCGCAGCAGCAUGAAUCAGGAUUAUACGAUCAUCAGCCGAUGGAUGCACAAAACUCUAGUCGAGUGGCAAAACGCUCUUAAGGAUAACGGCUCCAUCACCCAAAUGUAUGAAGAAUACAUUGAUUUUACAAACAACGCAGAUCAUUUUAAAAAGUUUAUAAAUUUGCUGUGCGAAUAUUGUCCAAAUUUGUCGCAUGUUCGCCUGGUGUUUUCUGGCGAAAUCAACGAUGUUCCAGAAGAUGGUCUCGUGGAAGCCGUUUUACGGUUACCAAAUGUUCAGUGCCUAACCUUAAUUGAUGCUCCCUCAAUAGCGUUGUUUGAACUGCAAAAUGAUUCCAAUCAAUUGACAACAUUGAAUUUAUGUGGCGUUGAUAAGAAAAUAAAGAGUUCUACAAACUCUUUAGGUGGUCUACUUGGAUCUAUGAAAAAGCUGCAUAGUUUGGUUUAUAGCUACAAAGACUACAACGAUCAAAUCGUUGAAUCUUUGGCUCAUUUACCAAAUCUGAAAGCACUAACAUUGCUAUAUUUGCCCCGGAGUGAAUUUUUGCAAUUGAAAAACUGCAAGCAACUGGAAGUAUUGUACCUUUACAAUACUUAUGAGAAAGUCAGCACUGAAGACUUCUUGGAUGUCUUCUCAUCAAUGAGAAAUUUGCAUACUUUAUCAAUAGUAUUUUUGGAGAAGAAUAUGCAUUUAACCAAGAAAUUCUAUAAAUUGAGAGAGUUUUGCCCACAACUUACUUGCUUAACCCUGAAUUGUUGUUUGGAUUAUUUUGGAGACUUCGCAAAACUAAAAUAUCUGAAAAUUGAUGAUGACUCGUCGGUUCAAUUGGAUAAAUUAUUGACAAAUCUUCGCCCCAUUUACGCUAAUCGAUUACAAAUCUUGGACAUAAGCGAAGCGCAUGCAAAUUCAACUAAAAUUACAAAAUUUAAAAACUUAAAAGGAUUUCUAUGUGGAAAAUGUCCAAAAAGUUGUUAUUCAUAUUUUUCUAAAUUGUUAAAUCUUCAAUUCUUGUCUUUUGAAAUAUUUGAGGAAAACUUAAGCCAAAUCACAAAAAUAGUCAAUUCAUGCAGUCAACUGAGAUAUCUGCGCCUGCCUCUGAAAAUUGAAGAGGUUGGCGAACUGGUUAAGGUUUUACCAGAUAUUCUAUCUUGGCGUAGCAGUGAACCCGAUGAUCCAUUCGUGCUAUCUUUGGGUAUUGGCUCUGUAGUUGGUGAAAUAGAAGAUAAGCUAAAAAUGCAUCCACAUGGGAACUUACUGCAGUUGGACUGGAAUGGAAUGGUGUUUACCUCUAAGCUGAAAGAGCUAAUCGCUUCGUUGGGAAGAAAUGCGAAUAAAGAAACUGCAAUGACAACGAAAACCAUAUUUCAAAAUCCUUGCAAAAUGGCUGGUGAUGGCUUAAGCUUAGGCGAUCGUUGGAUGUCGAAUGCCAAUUACAAACUUGCUCUUAAAUCGUGUAGUAAGAAAUUUAGUCUAGAGUAUGAUGAGGAAUUGAUUAACAGAUGCCGAAAUAAGACUAUUAACAAUACUGAUUAUGAGCUAUCGAACCAGAUAGAUGCCUUUAAUUUUAAGUAUGAUGCUCUUGAUGAACACAAUGAGCUAUAA